GGAGGUUAACCUUGACGAAGAUCUACCAAAACCGAGAAGCUUCCAGUUCCGGGGUGCACCAUUUUCUGAAAUAAAAGAAGGAAAGGUUAAAUACCUCUCGACCUCGCGCUCAGCUUCAUUCGUAGCUCGAACGGAUUGGCUUAAUCUUGUUCAGAGAUCUCUUUCUAAGGAUUUCUGUUAGCAUCUAGAGAUCAUGGCCAAGCACCAUCCUGACCUCAUCAUGUGCCGGAAGCAACCGGGAAUUGCCAUUGGCCGCCUGUGUGAGAAGUGCGAUGGCAAGUGCGUCAUCUGUGACUCGUACGUGCGUCCAUGCACGCUUGUGCGUGUCUGUGAUGAGUGCAACUACGGCUCUUUCCAGGGCCGGUGUGUCAUCUGCGGGGGUGUUGGCAUUUCUGAUGCGUAUUACUGCAAGGAGUGUACCCAGCAGGAGAAGGACCGAGAUGGAUGCCCCAAAAUCGUCAACCUCGGGAGUGCCAAGACCGAUCUCUUUUAUGAGCGUAAAAAAUAUGGUUUCAAAAAAAGAUGAUAGGGGGACAUGGAUUGGUGCAUGCCAUCCCUUCCCAUGUCUGCCAUCUACUUUUGCUGCAUGUUGGUACCAUUGAAAUCUAAAGCCUUUUGUAUGAUUGGAUUACUUUUGUUCGACAUUGGACUUUUGUAAGGUGCAGAGACCCACUUAUUAGAUGGAGUGGAGCCUAAUGUACUUGACGCUGUGAGCAACAUCUAGUACUGGUGAAGUAUUAAUGAUGGCAUGCAGAGUUCGCUUGUGAUAAUGAUCAAUUUAAUGAAAUUACUUGUUCUUGUGUG